UCCGUGCCGCGAGCAUGAGUCAUCAAGCGUUUCCUAUGGACCUACCGCCAGUGGUUUUCUUUUCCAACUUUUUCGCAAACUAUCACCCACCAUUAUUAGCCGUAACUUGUGCCCACGUUUUCCUAAUUUUUACUACUCUAAGAAGUGCGCUUUACUUGAAGCACUCGAUUACUCCCUGUCAUUGGGUAUGAUUUGUUCCUUUUUUCCAAUAGUACCGCAAAGAUGUCUGAAAAGAAGCCUCGCAAGCCUGAAACUAGAUCCUUCAAAGAUCACCUUCGGCGCCGAAAGAUUGUUUCCGAGGCAGCGAAAAAAAUUAAACGUAGGCGAGUGUAUUUACGUCUGAAACAAAAGAUGUUGAAGCGGGCAGAGACCUAUUUACAGGAAUAUCGCAAGUCACAUCGAAGAGAGAUCAACUUGAUUCGCAGCGCUAAGAAAGCCGGGAAUUUUUACGUGCCAGCUGAACCGAAACUGGCUUUCGUACUUCGCAUUCGGGGAAUAAAUGGAAUACACCCUCAACCCCGCAAAAUAUUGCAAUUGUUCAGGUUGCGACAGAUCAACAACGGAAUGUUUGUUCGUCUGAACAAGGCUACUCUCAACAUGCUUCGAAUCAUCGACCCGUACAUCGCGUGGGGUUAUCCUACUUUAAAAACCAUCCGUCAGCUUCUUUAUAAACGCGGUUUUUGCAAAUAUCACGGGACCCGUCAGCCGAUUACAAAUGAGCUCAUUCAGCGAAAACUCGGUCAUCUGGACAUGAUCUGCAUGGAAGAUCUCGUGCAUGAAAUAUACACGGUCGGUUCUAACUUCAAAUCUGCGGCAGCAUUCCUGUGGCCUUUCAAGCUGAGGAAUCCCACUGGUGGAUUUCGUAAAAAAGGACGACAUUUUGUCGAGAGUGGUGAUUUUGGAAAUAGAGAGCAGUACAUUAACCAACUACUCAGGCGGAUGAUUUGA